GGAUGCGUACCGAAGACUUUCCCAAGACGAAUUCUCAGGAGGGGUCCUCCUCUCCCGAGUUGGAUUUAUCUUUCGGAACACAAUCUUCUUCGAAUGGCCCCCCUUCGGAUCUCGCAUUCAAUAUCCAUGGUAUCAAGGAGUGGGACGACAGCAUUCUCAAUAGCGAUCGACUGGGAAAAGGGACUUCUGACACGCUCGAUACAUCCAGUCGCGCUUGGAUCAGGACAACCCUGGGUAUCAAGGACAAGAUUGCACGGAUAUGGCUUUCGGGUUCGAACACCCUGAUCGUUUUGGACGAUGCAAAUCGCGCAAUUGUCUUCAAGUACAUUGAUCGAAGUGCAACGUGGGGGGGCUCAGCAGGAGGUCCGACAAACGUUCGGGCAACGUCUUGCCAAUGGCGAAGACGGUGCUCUCGGCGUUCUCACCGUCAACAAUUGGGCGGAAGCCGACGGCAUGUGCAUCGUGGAACCCGAUAUAGACGAAGGCGGAACCGUGGCCACCGUGAAGUUGACGUUCAUUCCAGUCGUCCAUGGUGCUGAAGAGACCCACGUCGUCAAAUUGCCUCGAGACCUUGAAGUACUUGCUGUCAAUCGGCAUUGGGUCUUAUGCCGCCAUCGCAAACAUGGUAAUCGGUUGAUCGCCAAGAACAUUCAAAGUGACCGAACGGCGGCAUUGGUCCUGAAUGGAACCUCACCCGUCAAGCUGAGGAAAGUGGAAGCAUGGAUUCUCGGGUCAUAUGCCCUUGUCGUCAAUUACAAUUACGCAUGUUUGGAAGUAUUCGACGGGUUCGGUUCUCAGGACAGUGGACGUCAACCCAAGCGAAUUCGCACGUGGUUGAUCGGAUACGCGUUUUAUCGGACAGCGUUGGUGAUAAACCCUCUCGGCCCUCAAAUUGCACUUCAGUUCGAGGAUACUAUCUCGAUUUCCCAGCUGGAGCUUGGCAACGACGUCCAAGGACUCACCUUGGACGGCAAAAUGGUGUUGGACGGUGCAUACCACUGGUGACUCUGAUGACUCAUAUUGCUCCGCUUUUACUGUCUUGGAUGAAGGAGCCCGUAUUCUGUUCCUAGAACACAAUGGAUCCAGCCCACCGGUGUCUACACUACGAAUGGCACAGAAGAAGGGCACGUCGAUCGACAACGGCAACGAGGUUACGGAGUACAAACAGACACAUGUCGUCCUGCAGUCCAAAUUCGAUGAUCUGCUCCGUCACGUGGACUUCAUCUUCUUGCAUGGUGAACAUCUCCUAUGUGGACGACAACGCUCUUUGCUCUGGAUGGACAUUCAACUGUCCAUUGAUAAAGAUCAAAUGUGUACCGUCGAACUGAGCGAUUUUCCUGCAGAGUACCUGGAUACGGAAGAUUCGAACCCCUCGGACACUCAUGGUUUGCCCUUGGAGAAGUCUUCUCCCGUUCAUAACGGCUCGAAUUCGCCUCCAUCCGAAUUCAUCCUCAUCCCGCCCGUAGACAUCCGUGAAGAGAUCCCAUCUCAAUACAUGUAUGGCGACACCCUCCAGGAGUAUGCCAGUGAGAUAUGGAUGGAGCCUCUUGGCCUGCGGUGGUGUCUCCGCUUUGGUCUCGGCAUCAUUGGCACCAUACGCCUCGUGCUCGUCUGGAACUCCGCGGAAUGUCUCACAACCAUUUUCCAGGUCACCACCGACUCUACGCCGACAUACUAUCGGCUCGAUGCUUACUACGACGUCGCCGGUCUUCGCCAACAGCUCCACUUGUGUUACUGGAAUAAAGAACACUGGCUUAAGUGUACAAGACCCGAAGCCGACAAGGACCAGUGUGGUGACAAAACCCUCUUCGGGUUGGACAUCCAUCGGAUGUAUGCCCAAAUGGCGGUGGAAAAGGAUCUUGAGGUGACAUACGUCGAUGAUGACUCCAUGCCCAUGACCAAACGUAUGACGGCCAUCAGAUUGGGGGACAUUGCCGCAUAGUUCGUGUUACAUUAUCCCAUGACUAUUAGCUCCUCACUCUAUAUGUACUUCUCCACGCAUCACAUGCACUCACUUCAAUCUCAUCAUUGUUAUUGCCGGACUUGUCGCCGGCCGUUACGUCCCGUCUGUCCCGGUGGCAUCCGAACAUCUAUUGUACUAGGUCCUGCAGUUGAAGGAACGAUAGCUUGUUGUUGUUGAACCGGCCCUGACUGACUGGAUGACAUCGCAGCCAGCCUUGAUUGCUCCGAAACAAGCCAUGCUCGCAAUUCCUCCUCGUCAUAGGGAAAGAAGGUCACGAGUUCUAUCUUGUUCGUGUUGGAGUUCCAUUUUGGGAUCUUGAUGGUGAGUUCGAUACCGGCAUCCUUGAGCAUUCGACAUGCCAUGGUAAGGGUGAGCCCGCACUUGUAGCAAAGAUCAAUAAUCGACCUCGAUCUUCGGAAUGUGUUCUUGAAGUAUUCCGAGAAUUGGGCAUGACUCAACCCCACGCACUCUUCGGUACAGAUGGUGAUUUCGGUACCCAUGUUGUCGAUAACAUUGAGGAUGACCGUUUUGCCAUUGAGGCGUUUACCACUGUCUGGAUGUUUCGCCUACCAGAGCAAA